AUGGCGUCUGCUCGGUGGCUCUGUGUCAUCUUGGCCCUGCUCUCUGGCUUGGUGGCUUCUGGCUUCCCAAGAAGCCCCUCCAGGCUGCUUGAGAAACGGAGCCUCCAGGAAGAGAAGGUUGAAGACAUAGAGGUCUACAGUACCAAGAUCAGCUGCAAGGUGACCUCCCGCUUUGCUCACAAUGUUGUCACCACGAGGGCUGUCAACCGGGCAGAUUCUGCCAAGGAGGUUUCCUUUGACGUGGAGCUACCCAAGACAGCUUUCAUCACCAACUUCACCCUGACCAUCGAUGGUGUCACCUACCCUGGGAAUGUCAAGGAGAAGGAAGUCGCUAAGAAGCAGUAUGAAAAGGCUGUGUCCCAGGGCAAGACAGCUGGUUUGGUCAAGGCCUCUGGGCGGAAGUUGGAGAAAUUCACAGUGUCGGUCAACGUGGCUGCGGGCAGCAAGGUCACCUUCGAGCUAACGUAUGAAGAGCUGCUGAAGAGGCACAAGGGCAAGUACGAGAUGUACCUGAAGGUCCAGCCCAAACAACUGGUCAAGGACUUUGAGAUCAACGUAGACAUCUUUGAGCCCCAGGGCAUUAGCACUCUGGAUGCUGAAGCCUCAUUCAUCACCAAUGACCUCCUGGGAAGUGCCCUCACCAAGUCCUUCUCAGGGAAGAAGGGCCAAGUGUCCUUUAAGCCCAGCUUGGACCAACAGCGCUCAUGCCCAACCUGUACAGACUCCCUCCUCAAAGGAGAUUUCACCAUCACCUACGAUGUGAACAGAGAGUCUCCGGCCAACGUGCAGAUCGUCAAUGGCUACUUUGUGCACUUCUUUGCACCUCAAGGCCUUCCCGUGGUGCCUAAGAACGUGGUCUUCGUGAUUGAUGUCAGCGGCUCCAUGUAUGGCCGGAAAAUGGAGCAGACAAAGGAUGCCCUCCUCAAAAUACUGGAUGACAUGAAAGGAGAUGACUACCUGAAUUUCAUCCUGUUCAGUGGAGAUGUGAGCACUUGGAAAGACAACUUAGUUCAAGCCACUCCUGAGAACAUCCAAGAGGCCAGGGAGUUUGUGAGGAACAUUCGUGACCAAGGAAUGACCAACAUCAACGACGGGCUGCUGACAGGCAUCAGCAUGCUGAACAAGGCCCGGGAGGAGCACAUAGUCCCGGAGAGGAGCACCUCCAUCGUCAUCAUGCUGACCGACGGGGACGCCAAUGUGGGUGAAAGCAGACCCCAAUAUAUCCAGGAGAACGUGCGGAAGGCCAUUGAAGGCAGGUUCCCCUUAUAUAACCUGGGAUUUGGCAACAAUCUGAAUUAUAACUUCCUGGAAAGCAUGGCCCUGGAGAACCAUGGGUUUGCCCGGCGCAUUUAUGAGGAUUCUGAUGCCAACUUGCAGAUGCAGGGCUUCUAUGAGGAGGUGGCCAACCCGCUGCUGAUGGGAGUGGAGGUGGAGUACCCUGAGAAUGCUAUCCUGGACCUCACCAGGAACACUUACCAGCACUUCUAUGAUGGCUCUGAGAUCGUGGUGGCUGGGCGCCUGGUGGAUAUUGACAUGAACAACUUUAAGGCGGAUGUAAAGGGCCAGGGGGCUGUCAAUGACCUGACCUUCACGGAGGAGGUGGACCUGAAGGAGAUGGAGAAGGCCCUGAAGGAGCAAGACUACAUUUUUGGGAACUACAUCGAGCGGCUCUGGGCCUACCUCACCAUUGAGCAGCUGCUGGAGAAACGCAAGAACGCCCAUGGAGAUGAGAAGGAGAACCUCACAGCCCAGGCCCUGGACCUGUCCCUCAAGUACCACUUUGUGACUCCACUGACCUCAAUGGUGGUGACUAAGCCUGAGGACAGUGACAACCAGAUGGCCAUUGCUGACAAGCCUGGCGAAGGUGGCAGCAGCACUCCCGUGAUCCCCUCAGUGGCCUACCUGAACACCUACCAGUCUCCUUAUCAACCCUCCUACUAUGUGGAUGGGGACCCCCACUUCAUCAUCAACAUCCCAGGGAAAGAUGAUGCCAUCUGCUUCAACAUUGAUGAAGACCCAGGAACAGUACUACGCAUCAUUCAGGACCCCAUCACAGGCCUCACAGUUAAUGGGCAGAUCAUUGGUGACAAGAGAAGCAACUCCAACUCCAAGACCGGAAAGACUUACUUUGGCAAACUGGGCAUUGCCAAUGCUCAUAUGGACUUCCGGAUAGAGGUGACUCCAGAGAAGAUUACCCUGUGGAGUGGGGCUGCACAGAGCACUUUCAGCUGGCUGGACACGGUCACGGUCACACAGGAUCGGCUCUCCGUGAUGAUCAACAGGAAGAACAUGGUGGUGUCCUUUGGAGAGGGGAUUACCUUUGUGGUGGUUCUGCACCAGGUGUGGAAGAAAAAUCCCGUCCGCUUUGACUACCUGGGAUUUUAUGUGGUGGACAGUCACCGGAUGUCAGCACUGACUCACGGGCUGCUGGGACAAUUCUUCAGCUUCUUUGAUUUUAGAGUGUCUGACCUCCGCCCAGGCGCUGAUCCCAUGAAGCCAGAUGCCACAAUGGUGGUAAAGAAGCAUCGGCUGACAGUCACCAGGGGCUUCCAGAAAGACUACAGGAAGGAUGUCAACAAUGGCACGCUGGUGAAGUGCUGGUUCGUCCACAACAACGGCUAUGGGCUGAUUGAUGGGGUCCACAGCGACUACAUUGUCUCCAGCCUGUUCUGA